CAUCACAUGAAUUGACUGUCAACAUGCAAGAUGGCCACGCAUCACAGGCAAAAUGCUGCUGGGCGGAGAAAAGUACAGGUGUCCUACGUCAUUAGAGAUGAGGUGGAGAAGUACAACCGGAACGGGGUGAAUGCACUGCAGCUAGACCCCGCGCUGAACCGGCUCUUCACGGCCGGGAGGGACUCAAUCAUCCGGAUAUGGAGCGUCUACCAGCACAAACAGGACCCAUAUAUUGCCUCGAUGGAGCAUCACACAGACUGGGUCAAUGACAUAGUCCUCUGUUGCAAUGGAAAAACUUUGAUAUCUGCAUCAUCAGAUACAACAGUCAAAGUCUGGAACGCGCACAAAGGCUUCUGCAUGUCGACGUUACGAACACACAAGGACUACGUGAAAGCUCUGGCCUAUGCUAAGGACAAGGAGCUCGUGGCCUCGGCAGGUCUGGACCGGCAGAUCUUCCUUUGGGAUGUGAACACACUAACAGCACUCACUGCUUCCAACAACACUGUCACCACCUCGUCACUCAGCGGGAACAAAGACUCAAUCUACAGUCUGGCCAUGAACCAGAUGGGAACAGUCAUUGUAUCUGGAUCCACAGAAAAGGUUCUGAGAGUGUGGGAUCCUAGAACAUGUGCAAAACUAAUGAAGCUAAAGGGUCACACAGACAACGUUAAGUCGCUGCUGCUGAAUCGGGAUGGCACUCAGUGUCUGUCAGGCAGCUCGGACGGGACCAUCCGCCUCUGGUCACUCGGCCAGCAGAGGUGUAUCGCCACCUAUCGCGUGCACGAUGAAGGUGUUUGGGCCCUGCAGGUCAACGAGGCCUUCACACACGUCUAUUCUGGAGGCAGAGACAAAAAGAUCUACUGCACUGACCUGCGUAACCCAGACAUCCGUGUGCUCAUCUGUGAAGAGAAGGCGCCGGUGCUCAAAAUGGAACUGGACAGAUCUGCUGACCCACCUCCAGCAAUCUGGGUCUCCACCACCAAGUCAUCCGUUAAUAAAUGGUCUCUAAAGGGAAUACACAACUUCAGAUCAUCAGGGGAGUAUGACAAUGACUGCACUACCCCUCUGACACCACUGUGUACUCAGCCAGAACAAGUCAUUAAGGGAGGUGCCAGUAUCAUACAGUGCCACAUUCUGAAUGACAAGAGGCACAUACUCACCAAAGAUACCAACAACAAUGUGGCUUUUUGGGACGUCCUAAAGGCAUGUAAGGGUGAAGAUUUGGGAAAAGUGGAGUUUGACGAAGAGAUAAAGAAGCGCUUCAAGAUGGUCUAUGUGCCAAACUGGUUUUCUGUUGAUCUGAAAACUGGGAUGCUCACGAUCACUUUGGAUGAGAGCGACUGCUUCGCUGCCUGGGUGUCCGCAAAGGAUGCUGGGUUUUCAAGCUCUGAUGGAUCAGAUCCAAAGUUGAACUUGGGUGGACUGCUGCUCCAGGCUCUGUUAGAGUUCUGGCCCAGAACUCGCAUCAACCCCAUGGACGAGGAAGAGAACGAGGUGAACCACGUCAACGGAGAGCAGGAGAACAGGGUCCAGAAAGGAAAUGGAUAUUUCCAAGUGCCACCACACACGCCGGUCAUCUUUGGAGAAGCAGGAGGCAGAACUCUAUUUAGGUUGCUCUGUAGAGAUUCAGGAGGAGAGACUGAGUCCAUGCUGCUUAAUGAGACUGUUCCACAGUGGGUUAUUGAUAUAACUGUAGAUAAAAAUAUGCCCAAGUUCAACAAAAUCCCGUUCUACCUCCAGCCUCACUCUUCCUCCGGUGCAAAAACUCUGAAGAAGGACCGUCUGUCCGCCAGUGACAUGCUGCAGGUGAGGAAGGUGAUGGAGCACGUUUAUGAGAAGAUCAUCAACUUGGACAACGAGUCUCAGACGACGAGCUCCUCAGCAAACGAUAAACCAGGGGAGCAAGAGAAGGAGGAGGACAUGGCCAUGCUAGCCGAGGAGAAGAUUGAACUAAUGUGUCAAGACCAGGUUCUGGAUCCCAACAUGGACCUGCGAACAGUUAAACAUUUUAUCUGGAAGAGUGGAGGGGACUUGACGCUUCACUAUAGGCAGAAGUCCACGUGAAAGUCUGAAUUUUUAACGCAAGAACUCUUCGUCAUUUGCCAAUCACUACCCACCUUUGACAUGUAGUCCCCAAAAACCCCCAUUGUGGUCAGUCGCAGCAUCAGUGAAGUGUGUGAGGACGAGGCUCAUGGUGUAUCAUAGGGAAGUGAACGGGACAGGCUGGAGCGGCAGAGACAUCGGGGAGACAAAGCGGUCUGAAGUGUUUGUGUUUUUUUGUUUUUUUUACAGUUUGAAGAACGGACACAAUUCUCUCCAGCGCUCACCUGUUAGUUUGUUUUUCUUUCACUGCUUUUGUUUUUUCUUCUGAUUGGCAUUUUCUUUUGAAGUCUUCAGAAGUCUCAGUUCGUGUUUGUGUCUGUGUGUGUACAUGCACAUGCGUGUAGUAGACUGUUUGUUUGUUCUAGUACAUUCCAGAAACUGUCCUCGUUCUACAAACACUCCACAGCAGCGUCACACCUUUUACGAUUCACUCUGUCUCUGGGUAGCAUCUCGUCUCCUUCUGUUCUGUCAUCACCUUAACUUUAACCUUGGUUUAGAGUUCCAAAUACUGCGGAGCUUGAACCUCAUUGACAGAGGCACUCGUGUUUCUUUUCUUUUUAGCUGUGCUGUUCCAAAUGGACAGAAUGUUUGUUUUUUUGUAAAUACAUGUAAAACAUUUUUGAUUUAAGUGACUUUUUUUGCAGCAGUUUUAUUGUGUUAUGUACAGAUUACUUCAAACAAACAAGUUAUUUUUCCAAUUCCCUAGAGCACAUUCAUGGUCAUGAAGGUAAUCUGACUUGGAUUGAAAAAAAACUUGCAUUGCAUUUGUUGUUUUUCGCUACGACCCAGACAAUGCAGUUCUACUCUUAAGAAUGUUAGCUGUCAUCCAAGUCAUUUUAGCAAAGGGGGAAUAAUAUAUAAAGUAUGUAUGUUUAACAGUAACUCACGCUUACUCGCUCUGCGCUUCGGUCAUGAGCAGUGACUCCAACGACAGUGAGGGCUGUUCCUAAUGUAUAUUUCAUUUAGAUUGGAUAGGACUUCAAUGAAUCAUGAAUAUAACUUGAAGGGGAAUCUCAUCAAACAGACGAUAUGAAUAUGAAACCACUGUGGGGGAAAUUCACCAAAGUGAAAUAAACGGUAAUAAUUACCAUUUCUCUCUCAGUGCGACACCGAGCAGAAACACAGAUCGUUUCAUUGUACAUUUUUCUGCCGUUAAUUUUUUGCCAUUGAUGAGUGUGUGUUAACGCCAUUAAGGGGGGGGGGGAUGCAGCGAGUGAGCUCUGAUUGGCCAAAUCGAAAGGUGGGUACCAGAAUGAGGCCAUAACACUGCAAUAUCCCUUGUUGUAAUAAUUUGUGAAAUAUGUAUAUUUUAGGCAAUGGAAGAAAUAAAUUGGAAUGGUUUAACAAAGACAGAUUUAUGGGGAUUAUAGGUGGGUGUUUCUUGAGUUAUGUGUUCAGCUGAUGAGUGUGAAAAAGAAGGAAAAAAAAAACAAGGGACAACUUUUCUUUUUGAAGUGAUAUGAUUGUUUAACCAUCAGAUUCACCCAUUUCACAUUCAUCGAGAGACUCUGCUCUCAUUCCUAAUAAAACAUACAAUUACUUGAUAAAAUAUCUGCAAAAAUACUUUUCAUUAUUUGACACCCUAGCACCUACUCUGACUGAAAAAAAUUACAAGCCCUCUAAAAAAAAAACAUGACUCAACAGCAAGUUCACCGCUAUCAGACUUCUUGAACGCUGAAUGUGAAAGAUUUAUCAUCAAUAAUGACGUCAAAGGUGUGAAACCAGAGGCAGCACUCGCCGUCUGUUGCAUAGAUUACAAUAAUUACAAAAGAAGAAGAGUUGAGAAAGAGUUGUUGGGACUUAUUUCCAUCAAGUGAAACUUUUUUUUUUUUUUUUUUACAGAUCACAGGCGGCAUGGCUUCAAAUAUCAAAUCAAAGACUUUAAAAUAAAUGGACAUCACAUUAAAGAGUGUUUAAAAUAAACUGACCUUGUCAAAUCUGGGGUAAAAA